AUGGAUAAGUACACAAAAAUAGUUGGAAAAAGCAAUUUGAAAACACUGCUAAACAGCGCAUACUCGCACAUUGCAGAGGGAAAGAUAGAAGUGGUGAUGGGAAACCCAUCGUGCGAUCAAGACUCGUUUAUAGGGUCGCACAUUCUCGCGGCCAUGGAGGGGCGCAUUCCCGUAGUAAAUCUUAGCAAGGAAAUAUUUAAAUGCAAAAAAGAUCUGGUGACAGUGUGCGGCAUGAUGGGCAUAGACCCUGAGCAGCUGGUGUAUCUGGUAAAAGAAAACAACGAGUGGAUCCUGCAGCAUGGAGCAAAAAAGUAUCCACUGAAGGACAAGACUGUGGUUGCAACAAUAAUCGACUUCAACCUUCCAGAUGCAGAGCUUCUUCUUCUGGAAAACUUUUCUGUAGAUAGAGUGAUAGACCAUCAUCCAAUACUUGAAUUCAACGAAAUGCACAGCAAGGUGGAGGGAAUGACAAUCGAGCUGAAUGCAGGAUCGUGCUGCUCUUUGAUAUACAGGCACAUAAACAGCAAGUAUGCAAAGCUGUUAGAAGAAAAAAAACAGACGCCCGAGUACAACUUUCUGCUUCUUCUGACAAUUCCAAUCAUGACAGACACGAGCGGGCUGGAGAAGAGAGUGCACAACGUAGACAUACACGGAGUGCACAGCCUGCUGGAGUCGGUGAAUCUGACAAUGGACGACUCGCAGAGCGUGCUAGCAGAUCUGAAAAAAUUUAAAAAGUGCGAAUCAGAGAUAGCAACAGAGCUAAUACUCCAGAUGGACUACAAGUCGUUUAACUAUCCGGCAAAGUACGGGAACAAAACCUUUGGAAUUUCCUCGGCAAAAUAUGCGUACGAAGACUGGGUGCAGAGGGAUGGAAGCGCAGCAUGGAAACAGAAGAUAAAGGAGUUCGUUGAAAAGAAUGGACACGAGUUCUUUUUGCUAAAUGUGAAGGUAAAUAACGUAAGAGAGUUUUACGUGUACAACCUCCCAAGCAUGGAGUUCAUAGAAAAAGGGAUCUACCAGGGAAAGCCUGUGGAGAAGAGAGAAAUCAACGGGGACAAAGACAUCGUGGUGUACAAAGUAGACAAUGCGAUAAGCCGGAAAAUAGUUGCGCCGAUGAUAUACAAAUAUCUGGAGAGCAAAUAA